GGCGGUUUUUGAGCAUGGGGCGCGCGCAGUUCGCCAGGUUCUAGACAGAGCCUUGCCUGGGUUGCAGCUGUCUCGCGGCACGUCGCAGGCGAGCGCGCCGCCGGUCCCUCCUACACGCCCCCCCACCCUGUCUGUGGUCCGCCUGCUCGUCCAUGAGUGCGAGCGCGCGCCACGGUGGGUGAGGAAAGAGGGAGGGGGCUGCGCCCGCGCUGCGGCGGCCGGAGGAGGAGGUGGGGGGGAAGCCCCAGCCUCGGGGUGCGCCCAACAGUCGCCGUCAGCGGCGCUUGCCGAGGCAGCGGCGAACAUGUUCUCAGUGAGGGUCGUGACCGCCGACUACUACAUGAGCAGCCCCUUGCCCGGCCUGGACCCCUGCCAGUCGCACUUCAGAGAGGCCCCGGUCAAGAAGGUGCCCGUGGUGAGAGUCUUUGGAGCCACCCCUUCAGGUCAGAAGACCUGCCUCCAUUUACAUGGUAUAUUUCCUUACUUAUACGUGCCAUAUGAUGGUUAUGGACAACAGCCAGAACAUUAUCUUCGUCAUUUGGCAUUCAGCAUUGACCGAGCACUCAAUGUAGCUUUAGGAAAUCCAUCAUCUUCUGUUCAGCAUGUGUUCAAAGUGUUGCUAGUAUAUGGAAUGCCUUUUUAUGGUUACCAUGAAAAGGAAAGACAAUUUAUGAAGAUCUACCUUUACAAUCCUGCUAUGGUGAAAAGAGUGUGUGAGCUUCUGCAAGGUGGAGCCAUAAUGAAUAAAAUUCACCAACCUCAUGAAGCUCAUAUUCCCUACCUCCUCCAGCUCUUUAUAGAUUACAAUUUGUAUGGAAUGAAUUUAAUAAAUCUUGCUGCUGUCAAGUUCAGAAAGGCAAAGAAAAAAGAUGAUUUAUCUGAAGAAAUUGGAUGUGGUAGAAAUCGUUCAUUAGGACAUUCAUCUACCAAUACCCUUUUCCAAUGGGAAGAUAAUCAAAUACCAAGCUCUUUAAUACUGGAGGGUGUUGAACCACAGAGUACUUGCGAAUUAGAGGUGGAUGCAGUGGCUGCUGAUAUUUUAAAUAGGUUGGAUAUUGAAGCUCAGAUAGGUCAGAACCCAGGUUUACAAGCAAUAUGGGAGGAUGAGAAACAACGUCGUAGAGAGAACAAGGAGUCCUCUCAAAUUAGUGCUCCUGAAUCACAAGAUCGUGGAUUUGUGACCUCAACGGAGAGUGAAAAAAUCUUUCAGAAGAGACUUAAAGAAAUCCUCAAGCAAAGUGAUCUCUCUUUGACAUUAUCAGGAUCGGUAGACUACAGUAAUGGAUCACAGGAAUUCUCUGCAGAGUUGACACUACAUUCUGAACUUCAGUCUCCUAAAGUGGUUGCAUGUUCACCAGCAAAUAUGGUAGAAGUGCAUAGAGAUGAAGAGAUGAACAAAGUGGAAUCCAGCAGGAAGUACAAAGAGGACGAUGCACUUAUUAAUGAAGAAGCCAUUUUGAACAUCAUAGAAAAUAGUCAGCAUUUUCAACCCUUGUCACAGAGAUUGAAUAAGACUCCAGUGUUCAUGGACAAUAGUGCUGAUCAAGCGAUGAUACAUCUGUUGGCUGGUUUAGAGGACGAUGGAUAUGAAAUUGGACAUCAAAUUAGUACCUUGUCACAACAUUUUUCUCCUGGAAGCUAUAGAAAUCCCCAGAAUAGUGAUGAUGAAGAAAAUGAACCACAAGUAGAAAAAGAGGAGAGUGAGCUCAGUUUGCUGAUGUCCCAACGAUGGGACAGCAGUGCUAAUGAUGUCAAUGCAAAAAUAAGGUCUGUGGGCAGAAGUAGGAAUCAGAGUUCAACUGAAGAUGAUGGCUCUUCAGAAGAUGAGAUGGACUGGAGUGGUAAUAGUUUGCUUCUAGCAAAUCUAUCUAUACCUCAGUUAGAUGGAACUGCUGAUGAAAACAGUGACAAUCCUUUAAACAAUGAGAGUUCUCGAACUCACACCUCUGUAAUUGCAACAAGCAAAACUUCUGUAAAGACUUCAAUUUUUCACAAAGAUGCUGCUACUCUGGAAACUCCAUCUUCUACUAAGAUUAGCUUUCAGUGUAAACACACAAGUGCUCUUCCGUCUCUUGUUUUGAACAGUGAUGACUUAGAAGGGCUUUCUCAGCCAAACAAGAUGGACAUAAGACCGGAGUUUUCAGUCAAUUCUCUUACAAAGGAAAGCACUUACGGUAUGAAAUUCCCAACAUCCUUUAACAAUAGCCUCCAUUCUGACAAUUCACACAAGGAAAGUAAUAAAAGUGAAAAACUCCCAGUGUUGGGUGAAACAGUUUAUGAAGACAUCUCUUCAGUAAACAGACACUUGCCUAGCAGGAAGUACACUGGAAUCAGAAAAGCUACAAAAGAUGCAUCUCUGCAUACGAACAAUCAAGUUGCUGAAAGUAUUUUGGUUAAAAAUUCUAACUUCUCAGAUUUUGACUACUCCAAAAAUAAAGCAUUCUCUGAAGCAAAUAAAAAAGCCGCUUGCACAAGUAUAGAUAGUCUUUUUCCAGCACCAGAAAAUUGUGAAUCUGUGUCUUGCUCAGAAGGUAAUCAAAGUAUCAUACAUGCUGCUGAAGGUGGCACUGAUGAAGAUGGCCUUAAUAAUUUUAAAAUUAGAUAUGAAGAAUUUCAGGAGCACAAGGCAGAAAAAGCAAACCUUAAUCAACAAGCAGCACAUUACAUGUUCUUUCCUAGUGUUGUUCUUUCUAAUUGUCUCAGUCAGCCACAGAAAUUAGGUCCCGUGACAUACAAACUGCAACAUGGCAAAAAACAGUCUAGAUUAAAAAUAAGUAAAAAGAAGCAGGAUCUUGCCAAUCAGCAAUCUGCAUCUUUCAGUGAUACUGCAUCCACAAAAGACAGCUGCUAUAUACAAGGUAAUGCAAGUAAUAACAUUCCUGAGAAAGAUAGUUUGUUGCCAAAUGAUAUCAUUCAAGUUCCUCAUGGUGCUUUUGAAAACAAAAUGUCUAUGGAUACUAGUAAUUGUAUUGACUGCCAUUUUGGAGAUAGAGCUCGAGAAUCUGAGCAAUCAUUUGGGCUGUGUGGAAAUAAAUACACACUCCGAGCUAAACGCAAAAUAAACUAUGAGACUGAAGACAGUGAAUCUAGCUUUGGAGUGCACAAUUCAAAAAUUAGUCUACCUCAUUCUGUGGAAAGUGAUGAAAAUUUGGAUGAGUCUAAAAAAUCUCGAAAACGAAGAAAACUUUCUAAAAAAUUACCACCUGUUAUUAUAAAGUACAUUAUUAUCAAUAGAUUUAGAGGUAGGAAAAAUAUGCUUGUUAAACUAGGAAAAAUAGAUUCUAGUGAGGAACAAGUUAUUCUUACAGAAGAAAAGAUGAAUCUAUAUAAAAAACUUGCACCUUUAAAGGACUUUUGGCCAAAAGUCCCUGAUUCUCCUGCAACCAAAUAUCCUAUCUAUCCAUUAACACCAAAGAAAAGUCACAAAAGGAAAGCAAAGUGCAAGUCUACCAAGAAAAAGAUUGGGACGCUACAAAAUACGGAUAAUAAAAACAUUAAAAGAACUCUGUAUUUUAGAAAAAGAACGCAUGCAUUUCUUUCCCCCCCUCUGCCGUCAUACAGUGCUGAAGCUGAAGACACUGAUGUGAACUAUAAUGAUGUUAUGUCUAAAUUAGGUUUUCUGUCAGAAAGAAGUGCAAGUCCAGUUAAUGUAUCCCCACCUCGUUGCUGGUCUCCUACAGAUCCAAAUGCAGAAGAAAUUAUGACUAAUCUAGAAAAAGAAACUUUAGUUUUUAAAAAUGUUAACGCAUACACCAGCAAGACUGUUAAUCUCUCCCUAGGAAAACAUAAUCAGUUAAAAGCUCAGGUUAAGAAAUGUAAAAAGCAAUUUGCUAGAGCUACUGUGAGAAGUAAUAAAAAGAGUAAGCGUAACCUGACUAAUAAACUGGGAAAUGAAGCAAAGAAAAAGCCUAGAGGAAAACAGAAACAAAAAAUAGAAAAAGCAUCAAAGUUGAUGACAGUUAUAGAAGAAAAAAGUAAUACUCCUCCUACGGCAGAAGUUAAACUUGUGCUGAAGCACCAUGAUUUAGCUGAGAAUGCUCACAGCCUGGGAAAUUCACAGCCGCUUUAUAUGCACAAAGAUAUUCCACCAACCAGCUACACUUCAGGACAUCUACCAUCAGCACAGCUCCCAUUGACAGCUAAUGCACAAGGAAAUCCAUUGAUUUAUUUCCAUUCACUUUUAGAAAACGAGAAGGCUAUAGGGCACCAAGGUUCUUCCCUGGCACAAGAGGACCUUCAUCCAGCCAUGGGUUCUGGAAAGGAAAAAGCCAAAAUAAAUUUCCAAAGAUCUAACAGUCAGAGUGGUAUAUUUAGGGCAAAAGAAUCCACCUUAAUGCAAAAUAAUAUAUUUGACCAGUCUAACCAUAUAUCUCAGGUAGCACUGAAUGCAUACAGUUCUAAGGAUAUAAUACCUAAAAAGGCUGAAGAGAUUACAAAUUCACAAAGCCGGCUUUUAUCUUCUGUUGGAAAGGUAAAUGAUAAUUAUAUUUCUUCUGACACAAUGAAGACUGAUCAGAUUCAUCCUGGUAAUUUCUUGAAUUAUAAAGAUAAUCAGCAGCAGAUUGUUUAUCUACCAGAAGCAACAAAACAAGUUGAUCAUGUUGCUUCUUUUUUUAAAACUUCUGAGGAAAGCCAUGGAUCUUUUCAGUUGCCAAAAAGUUUUGUAGCUGCUUUGAGAAGUCCAGUUAGAAAGUUAGGAUGGGAGCAGAAACAAAGAGGAUUCAUUUUGGAUAUGUCUCAUUUUAACUCUGAAAAAAACAAAAAUCAAAAGGUUCUGUCAGAAGCAACAAUCUCUCAAACAAAAGCUGAUUCCCAGUGUAAGGGUAAGACUCUGGUUACUCCUUCAGUGUUCAGUGAAGGACAUUCUGGCUUAGCUGUUCUGAAGGAAUUACUGCAAAAGAGACAACAGAAAGCUCACAUGAACAAUAUGCAUGAACAAUUAUCAGUUAAAACUCAGUUGAACAGAGAUAUUUCCUACCCUCUUGAUCAAAACAAAUCAAUUAAAAGAUCUCGUUCAGUCACAUCACCAAGAAAACCUCGUACUCCUAGGGAUAAAAAGUCUAAAGAAAAAACACUUAAGUUUGUAAAAGAUUCUGCAAAGCAGCAAAACAGUAAGUUUGGCCAUAUUACGUCUGUUGAUAGCCCUGUUUUUUAUUCAGACCCAGGUUUUGAAAGCUGUUACUCACUUGAAGACAGCCUAUCACCUGAUCAUAAUUACAGUUUUGAUAUUAAUACCAUAGGGCAAACUGGAUUUUGUAGUUUAUAUUCUGGAAGUCAGUUUAUUCCAGCAGAUCAAAAUCUGCCACAGAAGUUUCUGAGUGAUGCAGCUCAAGAUCUUUUUCCAGGACAAAUAGCAGAAACUGAACUUUUAAGUCAUAAUGGCAAAAUAUCUAAGGAAGAAAAUCAUUAUUCUUCAGAUCCUACAACAUGGUUAAGAUCUGGUCCACUAAGUCCUCAACUUUUUGAUAAAAGGUGCCUGGAUAACAGUGAAAUUCAUCUCCAUAGCCAGUGGAAAAAUAAUAUACUUCCAUCGACAUCUCAGCCUAGCUCACCUGUAGAUGUGCAACGAGCAGAAAUAUGCCAGAAGGAGCAAUUCCAGCUAGAUAGAAAUGCAGUGAAAAAAGGGAUUUUUCUUAACCUUUCAACGCCAAAUGGUGAUUGGAAUCAAAACCACUUUAGAAAGGAAGCCAAUUUUGAACCAAGUCAGUCCCUUGAUUCAGUUAGUAUCUCUUUUUCUUCCAUUUUGUCUUCACCGGAUGCUGAACUUAUGGAUGCAGCUUCUGAGGACUUAGAGAUGUAUAUUUCAAGAAACAAUGAAGAAUUAACACCAACCCCAGAUAGUUCACCAAGAUCUACAAAUUCCCCCUCGCAAUCAAAAAAUGGAAGUUCUACACCUCGUGCUGCUCACAUCCUUAAACCUCUUAUGUCACCUCCAAGUCGUGAAGAAAUCAUGGCAACUUUAUUCGAUCAUGACCUUGCAGAAACCAUUUAUCAGGAACCAUUUUGCAGUAAUCCUUCUGAUGCACCAGAAAAACCCAGAGAGAUUGGAGGGAAACUACUUACAGUAGAAACUAGACUUCCAAAUGAUCUGCUUGAGUUUGAGGGAGACUUCUCAUUGGAAGGACUACGGUUAUGGAAAACGGCAUUUUUGGCAAUGGCACAAAGUCCUAGACCAGGGUCUCCCCUUCGCAAUAACCAGUCCACUACUGACAAAAAACAAAGAAAUGACCGUAAGACUAGUGAAGACAAAAAGAUAGUGAUCAUGCCUUGUAAAUGUGCGCCAAGUUGCCAACAAGUUCAAUCAUGGCUUCAGGCCAAAGAAGAUUAUGAAGACAUCAGGAAAAGAACUGUCAUUAAAUCAGCUGAAAUGGAAAAGGCUGCUGAGAGUUUGAACUGUACGACUUUGCCUAAAAAUCUCUGUUUUGAAAUUGCCAGCACCGCUGAGAAUUCACAUUUACCAAACCCUCAAGGUAGUAAACCUGUUGUGCAUUCAGAAGAUUUUUGCUUUUCAUCUUCAAGUCCCAUACCACCACAAACAGUGGACAACUGUGAGACAAAUAUCUCAGAACUGAGUAGGACUGCAGUCAAAAAAAGGACAGUGUCCCUUGUCACUACAGUGGUAGAGACUAACCAAGAUGUGGAGGAUUAUGUUAAUUAUAGUUCCCCUGAUUCACUAAUACUUCAUCCUUGGCAGCAAGCAGCAUCUCCUGAUUCCAAACAGUCUAGCUCAGAAGACUCUGAGGACAUAUUGUCCUCUGUGGAAGAUAAUGAAAUGCUAAUGCAGGGAGUACAGAAACUUGUCAAAGAAGAACGAAUUAGACCCUUCAGUGUCUCUCCACUGUUGAAUAAAGAAAAUGAUGACAAUUCUGAAAUGGUUUGCCUGCAGAGUACACCUAUUAGGGAGAAAAUAUGUCAAGGAAGAAUACCAGAAGCACUUGGAUUUACUCCAUUAUUACCAGGACCAAAACUCCAGAAAUUGAAUCACAGAAGAGGAAGUAAUGCUGAUACUCUUAGAAAAGUACUCUUAACAACUCAGGUGAAGAAUCAAUUUACUGCCCUAAGUUCCCCAAAGAAAGAGACUUCCCAGAUUGAAGGGCCAUCCUUAAACAAUACCUACGGUUUUAAAAUAAGUGUACAAAAUCUUCAGGAAGCAAAGACUUUGCAUGAGGUCCAACACCUUGCGCUCCUCAGUAUAGAGUUACAUGCUCGAACCAGAAGAGAUUUGGAGGCCGAUCCUGAGUUUGAUCCUAUUAGUGCUCUAUUCUACUGCAUCUCAUCUGACACACUAUUGCCAAAUACUGAUAAAAUGGAACUCACUGGUGCUAUAGUGAUUGACAAAGACAGAACAAGAACAAUCUCAAGCCAAGGUAACCGAGAACAUGCCCCUUUGCUUACAAGAUCUGGUAUCUCAGGACUGGAAGUCACCUAUGCUACCGAUGAGAGAGCACUUUUCCAGGAGGUAGUGAAUAUUGUUAAAAGGUAUGAUCCAGAUAUUUUAUUAGGCUAUGAAGUCCAAAUGCAUUCUUGGGGAUACCUCUUGCAGAGAGCUGCUGCUCUAGGUGUUGAUUUAUGUCAGAUGAUUUCUCGUAUUCCAGAUGACAAAAAAGAGAACAGGUUUGCUCCAGAACAUGAUGAAUAUGGCUCUGAUACAAUGAGUGAAAUCAAUAUUGUUGGACGGGUUAUCCUGAAUAUUUGGAGAAUUAUGAGAAAUGAGGUGGCUCUAACUAACUAUACCUUUGAAAAUGUGAGUUUUCAUAUACUCCAUCAACGCUUUCCACUGUUUACUCCUCGUGUUCUGUCUGAUUGGUUUGACAACAAGGCAGACAUCUAUAGGUGGAAAAUGGUUGAUUAUUAUAUUAGUCGUGUUCGUGGGAAUCUACAGCUGUUGGAACAAGUGGACUUGAUUGGCAGAACAAGUGAAAUGGCAAGAUUGUUUGGAAUUCAGUUCUUGCAUGUAUUAACAAGGGGAUCACAGUAUCGUGUGGAGUCAAUGAUGUUACGUAUUGCUAAACCAAUGAAUUACAUUGCUGUAACACCCAGCGUCCAGCAGCGAGCUCAAAUGAGAGCCCCGCAGUGUAUUCCUUUAAUAAUGGAGCCAGAGUCCCGUUUCUACAGUAAUGCUGUCCUUGUACUAGAUUUCCAGUCUUUAUAUCCAUCUAUAGUGAUAGCAUACAACUACUGUUUUUCCACGUGCUUGGGACAUAUUGAGAACUUGGGGAAAUAUGAUGAAUUUAAAUUUGGCUGCUCCUCUCUGAGAGUAUGUCCUGAUUUGCUAUAUCAGCUUCGGCAUGAUAUCACAGUAUCUCCCAGUGGAGUUGCCUUUGUCAAGCCUUCAGUAAGAAAGGGUGUGUUGCCAAGAAUGUUGGAAGAAAUUCUGAAGACUAGAAUAAUGGUGAAGCAGUCCAUGAAAGCUUAUAAGCAUGACAGAGCUAUCACUAGAAUGCUUGAGGCACGUCAGCUUGGCCUUAAACUUAUAGCAAAUGUCACAUUUGGUUAUACUGCUGCUAAUUUUUCUGGAAGGAUGCCAUGCAUAGAGAUUGGUGAUAGUAUUGUGCACAAAGCCAGAGAGACCUUGGAACGAGCAAUAAAACUGGUGAAUGACACAAAAAAAUGGGGAGCACGAGUUGUAUAUGGGGACACAGACAGCAUGUUUGUACUUCUGAAAGGAGCUACCAAGGAGCAGUCAUUUAAGAUUGGCCAAGAAAUUGCUGAAGCUGUAACAGCUACCAACCCCAAACCAGUAAAACUGAAGUUUGAAAAGGUCUAUUUGCCAUGCAUUCUACAAACCAAGAAGAGAUAUGUUGGUUACAUGUAUGAGACACUGGACCAGAAGGACCCAAUAUUUGAUGCAAAGGGUAUAGAGACUGUCAGAAGAGAUUCUUGCCCUGCGGUUUCCAAGAUACUUGAGCGGUCUAUCAAGCUGCUGUUUGAAACACGUGAUAUCAGUCAGAUCAAGCAGUAUGUGCAAAACCAAUGCAUGAAGUUAUUAGAAGGGAAGGCUAGCAUGCAGGACUUCAUCUUUGCAAAAGAGUAUAGAGGAAUUUCUGCGUAUAGACCUGGAUCCUGUGUACCUGCUCUAGAAAUCACAAGGAGGAUGCUUGCACAUGACCGGCGGUCUGAGCCUCGAGUUGGAGAAAGGGUACCCUAUGUCAUUGUGUAUGGCAUGCCAGGAUUGCCUCUCAUACAGUUGGUUAGGCGGCCCAUUGAGGUUCUACAGGACCCUAGCCUAAGGCUGAAUGCUGCUUACUACAUCACCAAGCAAAUUCUUCCUCCUCUAGCUAGGAUCUUAUCACUUAUUGGAAUAGAUGUUUUUAGCUGGUAUCGUGAAUUACCAAGGAUUCAAAAAGCUGCCACCACUUCCCACAAUGAUCAGGAAAGCCGAAAAGGAACAAUUUCCCAGUAUUUCACCACUCUACAUUGUCCUGUGUGUAAUGAACUGACUCAGCAUGGAAUCUGCAGUAAAUGUCGGAGCCAACCACAGCAUGUAGUUGUGAUUCUUAAUCAAGGCAUUCGAGAGCUGGAGCGGAAACAUGAACACCUGGUCAAGAUAUGCAAGAACUGUACAGGCUGCUUGGAUCGACAGAUACCUUGUGUUUCAUUGAACUGUCCAGUACUUUUCAAAGUCUCUAGAGUGAGCAGAGAAUUAUCCAAGGCACCAUAUCUUCGCCAGUUACUUGACCAGUUUUAAAUUACUUAUGUCACAGGAUUUCAGGUGCUAUUUUUUUUCAUGUUUACUACUCUAAAACAAUCAUGCAUGGUCCUUCAAUUCCAUCUUGUCCAGGAUUUCAUUAACUGUUGGCAUAUUCUGAAAAUGAUGAAUGUUUGUCCUAAGUAAAUUUAAAAAUACACUUGUUAAUCUAAUACACUUUUUAAGAUUUACAAUCUUCAUUAUUCUGCCUUUUUAACAUACUGUUUUAUAAUGCGGAUGUUGAAAUAGCUGUGUGUUAACAACUUGUAAAUCCAUUUCAAAAUAGAAGUUUACUUCCCAGUCAGCUUCUGAAGUACUGAAAACCUCUUGGGGGAAAUAUCAUUGUGUGUUGUUGAACUGUCAAUAUCAGGAUGUGUUACUUAUAGAUAUAUCACUCACUUUAUAAUUUUGACUGCAGAAUAUUUUGUAAAUACACUUUUUUACUUUUCAAACAACUGAGUAAAAUAAUGUGCAAUGGAUUUUAUACAGACAAUUUUAAAGUUGGUUGGGGUAUUAAGUUUUGCUUGAUUCCAAGUAGAUUUGUUGUUUUGACCAGACUGUGCAAACAGUAGUAUGUGUAGCAUUUUUGAAACAUUUUCUAUUAAAAAGAAAAAUCACUUGUCUUGCUUUAGCUAUUAAUGGGGCAUUGUGAGGAACUGUGCAAAGACAUUUUUGUUACAAACCUGUGGGACUGUUGCAAUACUUUAAAUAAGAAAUUUUAUUCCAUUUUUGCUUUUGUAUAAACAUUUCUAUUGCUUCUAAAUAUGCUUACUAUUUCAGUAUGUAAUGUACAGUUAAAUCUUAUUUGCCAUCAUCUUGAGAAAGUGUAUUUAGAAUAUUUGUAUAACUGUAUAAAAUUUAAAAGAAAUUAUGUGGUCAGUGUAUUGUUUUUUAAAUUGGAAAUCAUUUUGUUUUAAAAGUUCAUGGAAACCAUAGUAAAAUUGAAUAAAAUAAAUGUAUGUGCAUUUUUAAACUUAA